CAAGCCUUUUUGAUACCUCCUGUAGCAGUGAAACCUUACAGUAUUAUUAUGGUAAUAAUUACGUCUGUGUCUGGCCAAAUGAUGCAACAGCUCACCCGUUUAUACAUUCUUCUGGUGCGCGACUUGAAUUUACGCGAAAAUAAUCGCAAUGUUUUGCUUCAGGUGCAAAAACGAAAGGGUAAACAUUAACCCUACCAAGUUGGUUACACCGUGAAUAAGUGAAAAAAAAAUGCUAGCUGUGACAAAAAAAGGCUAGAACCAGAAUAAUGGAGCCCACCUCUUGGUACGUGACUUUCUCUGCCCGCAGGCCGAACCUGGUUGGCGCGAUUCGUUCAACAGACGCGCGUGAUAACUUUGCCAAAUAAUGGUGAAAUUACUUAUAAAACUGGUAAUCUAAGCUGCGUUUCGGACUAGUGUCUAAUCCUGCAAGAUGAAGCGAAAUUUGAUCCUGGUGGUGUGUUUGGUGGCGGCUUUCGUAACCUGCCCUACGUCGGCGAAGCCCUCAGGCUACGGAUCGUACGAGGAGGUGACCGAGCGGUGCUGCAAUGACUGCAUUCCGUGCCGGGAAAGUUUCGCGAUCCAGCGUCCGGCCGAUACGGAGUGUGCCCGUUCGAAGAACUACGCGUUUGACGUUCAGCACGUGCGAUCAGCCGCUCGGCAGGAGGAAAACUACGAAACGCUGAACGCCGGAGUGGAAGCUCCGCAGCAGGCAGCCUGUCCCAAGUUGUACAACAAACUGUUCCACGUUGAAAAGCCACGUUCUAACGUCGCCUGCGAAGCUGAACAAGAAGCGCUGGACUUCCAGGUAGCGGUUCCGUCCGUGCAGGAAAAGUGCAAGAAGCUGAACCUGAGGGCCAGGAUCGACCAUCAGGCGAGACAAUGUGACUGCGUGGAUUGCAUGUAUGUAUCUUAUGGGAAUUCGUCGUCACUUUCAGAUAAAUCGUGUCCCAAAGGACACAAACGUAUGAAAAGAUCUAGACUCAAGCAGGCGAUUGGUAGGAAAUUUCGUGAAGAAUUGGAUCUAGAUGAUGAACCAGAAGUAACGUCGCUGUUCCGUAACUCGUUCAAGCGAUCUUCCACGGUAGACGGUGUAGUUCAGAAGGACGGUUACUUCUGUAGAUGUGUGCCCGAAAGUAACAAAGAUCUUCUGAUCAACUGCAAGCCCGGUUCGUUAAAUGAUCCCAUUGUCGGAGCUCCCCCGAGCGACGAUCUGCAUGACGAGGAAGAUGAAGUUUACAUCGGCGGUAGACAACCUCCGUCGUACAAGCGAAUUCGCGAUCAGCUAGAUCGUAUCAAGGAGUCCCGCGGAGGACAACCGACCAGCGAGGUGGUCGCGGAUCUGAUGAAGAUCUACUACGAUGUGUACAAAAACAGUGGCCAACGGAACUACUCCGUGCCGUUCAAGUACGGUGUCAAAACGGUCAACGUGGACUCGAGCGGGUUGCGCACGUACGAUAUCGAGCCCGUUGAGGGACUGUAUGAACCGUCGAUGUGGAACAGGUUGGCCAGUAUGACCAACAAGAUGUUUGGCGAGUACGUUGACCAAAGAUUGAACAGACCGAAGGUCGGAGGAAGGAUGAGGCUGUUGAAUCCGGUUCGACGGUUUCAGAACAAUGGGUUUAUGAAUUUGAUGGAUUCGUAUAACGAGGAACGAAAGCGCCAAUGCAAAGCAAGAAGGACGACAGAUGAAUGAUUUGGCACAGUUUAGAUCACAGACAAAGCAACGUUAAGAAGUCGAUAUCAA